UUGGGCAAUAUCAUGACGUAGCAUUGGCGCAAUAGUAGCAAUAAAUGUAUGCUAGCCUGGUAGACCUUUAUGGAGCUGUUGCCAUGGACACUGCUUCCUGGUGGACAGGGGGAAAAAAGACAGGUGGCCAAUAUAUAAAGCAGCCAUCACUGAUCCCACCUCAUUUGAUGCUUACAGGAAACUCUACACUCUGCACUCUGAGAAGUACAGACACACACUGGUGAAUUGAAACACCCUCCAGUUCCAUCAAGACUACAGUUCUCUCCUCACCAUGAAGUCUCUGGCCCUUAUCCUUGGCAGCUUGGUCUUUUUAACAGCUACGCUGGCACAGAGUACUACAACCGCUCCAAGUGGGACAACAGUGGGAAUGACAAGCCAGGCUUCUACCACAGGUGCCCCUAGCACUGAGUCACAUACAGUGCCGACAACCCCAGCGAAGACCACCCUCGCAGUCUCACAUACCACAGAGACCACCAACGCCAGCAUCUCCACCAACUCCACCAGGCCCACCAUGUCCCCCACCACACCCAGCGGCGCCCCACCGGCGCUGGGGUCCCUCGCCUCCUGCCUGCUCCUCAGCUCCGUGCUCUCGCUGGCUCUGCUGUGAUCUGCUGUGAGCUGAUAAACCUGCCACACUCACAGGAGACAAGCCACAGUGUGCCGAGAAUGAUCCGGAAAUGUGCCUUUAACAGUCACAGCUAUGAUGGAUGACAAAAUGAUUGAGCCUAUUCUAUGCAAAAAAAAGAACACACAUUACCAGAGAAAAUGCUUUGAUUAUCUUGAUUUAUUAAAAAAAAAAAAAAAAAAUUAAAAUAAUAUUUUUUUGUACAUUAUCUGUAAAUAAGAAUAUUUUCUCCAUGAUCGUUUAAUAUUGUGUAGUAGACUAGUAGUAUAGUAUGGAUCUGAUACAUAUAUAUUUUGCACAAUGUAACAAUAUUUUUCCAUGCACUUUUUCAAACUGUAAAUUCCUGCCUUGUUUUUAUAGGGAAGUUCAGCCUG